UUCGUGCAGAACGUCGCCACCGCCACGAAGCAGCGCGAAAUAGCUCUUGAAGUAAACAGACUUCAAGAUUAGCAGGAUUACGAAGGAUUACACCUCAGGUUCAAAGGUUCUAAUUUUUACAAUCUCACUAGCUUAAAAAAAUGAGAUAUCAAGGCUGUAUCGGAUGGUUAUGACUCAUGGCGCAUCGUAUUUCGCUUUUAACUGAUCAAAGGAUAUCUUCAUUUCAUUCUCAGUCAAUGUCAGCUUACUUUUUGGAUAUUCAAAUCGCUUGGUGUUUUGCUACACGGUACACGUAGAAAUCGUGAGAUUGUCUGAGAUCAUGUUCAUCCAAAACUUAGACAUCGUACAUUGAACCAAGUUUGCUGAUUGCUCAACCCAUAAAAAAAUUCAAUACACAGUCAUCAACUCAGAUGUAGACAGCAAAUAAGCUCUGAAAGCUGAACAAAGACCCACAUGCAUAAUAAGAUUGAAACUGUGGUAUAGUGUUGGUUCAAUCUCACAUCGAUUAGUCUUCACAUUAAUCUGGAUAGAAGUUGGAUGCAGUAAGAAUACCACACAAUAUGUUACCUACAACUGACGUACCAUGGGGCCUGCGAGCAAUUGGCUGGUUUUGGACCAAAUGUACAAACCAACGACGAUUCAAUCGUCUAGCCUGGUAUAAAGGAGGAAUAUUAGCCCUUACCUACAUGGCAUACACCUGCUAUCAUAUGACCAGGAAGCCGAUCUCAGUAGUUAAAAACGUUCUGAGUCAGGAUUGCAGCAAAUUAGUACCUCCACCAGACAUGGAUCCAAACACAACUAAUCACAAUUGGUGUGACUGGGCUCCGUUCGAUACGGCGGAUGCCUCUGCGCUGCUGGGUACCUUGGAUUCCGCUUUUCUAUUUGCUUAUGCAGGGGCGAUGUUCCUCAGCGGGUUUGUAGCAGAGCGUGUAAAUCUCCGCUAUUUUCUUGCUCUUGGCAUGAUAUUCUCCGGAAUCAGCUGUUAUCUCUUUGGUGUAGCCAGGCCCUACGAGAUCCAUAGCCUUUGGUACUUCGUUUUAGUUCAGGCGAUAGGUGGAGUAUUUCAAACAUCUGGUUGGCCAGGAGUGGUGACUGUGGUCGGAAACUGGUUUGGCAAUGGCAAACGUGGUCUAAUUUUUGGCAUCUGGAACUCUCAUACGUCUCUAGGAAAUAUUUUGGGUACCAUCAUUGCAGCAGAAUUCGUUGAAACCGACUGGGGACUCAGUUUCAUGGUACCUGGAGCUAUCAUGGGAGUAGUUGGAUUCAUACUAUUUCUAUUCUUGGCACCAAAUCCUGCAGACGUCGGAUUUGUUACGCCCGAACCCAUGAGAUACAGACAAAUAGAUGCAAUAAACAGCUCGGACGAAGGCAGCCCUAUUAACGAUGGUUCAGCAAAUUGUGCGGGAGAUGACCGAGUCGUCCACCGCAACGCAACGCGUCUUCAAUGUGUUGAACAGAACAAUGGCGGUGAGGCAAUUCUUCGUACCGAGACAAGCCCUAUGCUAGCAGUGAAUCGGAAGCCACAUGUACCUGGGGAAAAAACACCAAUUGGAUUUAUCGGUGCAUUGCGUAUACCUGGUGUCAUUGAGUAUUCGCUAUGCCUGUUCUUUGCAAAACUAGUAAGCUACACAUUCCUCUACUGGCUGCCUCUGUAUAUAUCCGCAUCGACCAAGUUUAGUGCCAGAUUAAGUGCUGAUUUAUCUACGUUGUUUGAUAUUGGUGGCAUAGCUGGAGCAAUUACAGCCGGACUUUUAUCAGAUUGGAGUGGGAUGAGUGCUGUAACUUGUGCUGCUAUGCUAUCACUGGCGGUCCCAAUGUUAUUUGUUUACGAUUAUAUUGGAAGUGUAAGUGUUGGUUUGAACAUUACACUGCUCCUUCUAGCAGGUAUAUUAGUAAAUGGUCCCUAUGCUCUCAUAACCACUGCUGUAUCUGCUGAGCUUGGAAUGCAUCCAAGUUUAGAAGGGAAUUCAAGAGCGUUGGCUACUGUUGCUGCAAUUAUUGAUGGAACUGGGAGUAUUGGAGCAGCUGUAGGCCCACUCUUAGCAGGCCUGGUUUCUAACUGGGCAGGCUGGCAUAAUGUAUUCUACAUGUUGAUGGCUUCCGAUGUAAUAGCGCUUUUAUUCUUGUCCAGGCUGGUCUACAGAGAAUAUAAGUCAUACGCACAACGACGGCGGGCCGUCUAAACUUAAUUGAAAAGGUACAUGUAAACGUCACACAUAUCUGUUAUCUGCGGUCAAGUACAUAAGAGAAUAAAAUGUUAUCAGCCGAA